GGCAACUAGCGGAUUCGCCGGCAGAUCAGCGUCUCGUUACUGUAGUGACGGUGCAACAGGUGUACUGCCGGGUUUGUAGAGGCUGUCGGUCGACGCAUGAUCGCCCGUAAGCUCAGGCUGUGGGGGUUAACUGGUUCCCGCUGCUUUGCUCAGUUAGGUGUACCAGUCAGUGCUGCAGAACUUGGAAUAUCGAUCUCGCAGACUGUAAUUUAAUUUUUGAGAAAAGAUAUUGGCUCAUUGCCUCAUGCACUGCCUCCGCCUCAUUCAUACGCAAUCGAUUGGAAAUACUUUUAAAACUGAAUCAAUAAUGUUUCAAUUAGAUUUUCUAGAUCUAAUAUGGCAAACAGCGCAACAGUGCAGUGCAGAGUUUGACUUGUUCUUGGAAUCGUUGAAAUGAUGAUUUGAUUUGGUUUGGACAAAUUUUCACGAGAGUCAUUCACGAUGGCUCAACUAGAUGUCCGCAAUACUGCUCUUCUGACAGCCGUCUAUGGACAGAGUUGGCCAGCACCAAACACGAACCAUCCCCCUCGGAAAGGGUUCAGUGGAUCUCACGGCCUGCGAUCCACGUCCCCUCGCUCAACACGUCAGCACUCUACUUCAGUCAACAAUCAGCAGUCUCCCCGAGCCCACCAAAGAUCCCCGCUCCACCCCCAUCAUCAGGGAGGAGGGGUAGGGAGGGGUGUGAACAAUCUCCAUGGAAACCAAGAACUGUGCAUCAGUGGGAGAGGGGCAAAGGAAGGGUGGGGUCAGUCAAAGGGAAGAGGCGAUGGAGUCAUCAGGGGUAAUGAUCUGCCUCUUCACCUGGGUCUAGACAAGGGAACGCUUCAGUGGAGAAGCUGGUCUUCUUUCAAACAUGAUAUAGAGACAGUUGAUGAUCAUGAAGAUGAUCUGUCACUCUACAAAAUAACUCAAGACACGUUCCGUAAGUUGACCCAGCAGGUCAGCGAGGUCAGCGAGCAUCUCAAUAACAGAUAUACCACUUCAGGAUUUCAGGGUGUCCGUCGGAGUCAGUUGGCUGCUAGUCUUCCUGCCAGUCAUCCCAGCAUACAAAAUCACAAGGAGAGUGAGGGGGGCACGGAUGGGUUUCAGUCCUCUCUGGCGAUCCAGUCGACACCGUUCAAAACCUCCCAAAGACGGAGACCCAAAUCUCACUUGGUCACAUCAAAGAGGAACAAACUCAACCCACCUCCUCGACCCCACUCAAGUACUCUAACUCAGUCCAAAGGUCACUUUGACCACCUCUCACCAGGCAUCAUAGGUCACCUUCGAGGAGAAGCCAUUAAUGCAGAAGGGGCUGGAGAUGCACCCUCCACCAGUGACGAUCAAAAUCUGGGACCCUUUGAUAUCGUCAAGGACGACUACAAGCUGGGCAUGGAAUCGGAGGAGUCGUUGGAUGACCGCAUCUUGUCGGCAGAUGACUCCGAGGACGAGGAGUAUGACGUUGGAAGCAACUCUAUGAGAUCCCUUGACAUGGACUCCUCGGAAGACGAGAUUGAGAUCAACGACCGGAUAGAGAAGAUACGCAACCAUCAAGAGAAGAUGCAGAGGAAAUUGAUGCGGUUGGAUCUUCCACCAGAAGUGCUGACUGGGGAUAUCGAUUGCAUGUUUCCAUACAGUGGUUCCACUGCAAGCAGGAAGAAGAAACAGGAGCCUUUUGCAGAGGCCCUGAGCGUGCCCUACUGCCACAUGGACCUCCUGGAGCUGAGCAUGUUGGACAAAGAUUGGAGGACUAUCAUCAGGACAGCUCCGGACAAGGACGAUGCGGUCCUGAUGGAGAGGAUGAUUGAGAUGGAGAAGCUGCAGUACGAGACGGCAGAAUGGGAGAGUGGGAUGAGCUCUCCAAGGAGGAGGUGCCAAUCAGCUCUUCAGAUCAGAAAAGGUUGGAAUGCCGAUGCUGCUGUUCCCACGGAGAGAGCCCACAGUGCCCUAGGGAGACCUAAGCAAAGUAAGAACUGCUGCGACCAAUGCCUGCAGUUGGUAUGUGCAGGAGACUGCCCCAGUAAAGUUGCAGCCUCGUACAACUCUUGUGUUCACUGUCGUCAACCCUACUGCAAUGGGGUUUGCACCGAUUUUGGUUACCACUUGCACAUUAGGUACGCCAGACAGGAGGAGAAGAAAAAGAGAAGGCCUAAAUCGUGUCAUACCUGCCGGAGAAGCAAAACCCCAAACAAUGCCAUAAACACCAACAACGUCAUCCUUGGACGACCACGGUCUGGGUUUGCCACCUACAGCAGCUCCAGGGUGCAGAGCGCCAAAACCAAAAAGAUGACUGUUGCUUCCACAGAGGGAGCGGAGGAGGUGUCCAACCGAAUGGAGAGGCUAAGGUUGUCUGCUCGGAAGUACAAAGAGAAGAGCGGCGAUGAGGAUGAUGGCGAGGAGAGGUCAAAGAAACAAAGACCCAGGACAGCAGGGUCAAAGAGACAUAUCAAAGGGAGAGAUGCCCUGAUAUCAGGGAAGAGCUACCAAUCUCAACGGAGGUUCUCACUGACAGAGGAUCCUGUGACAACCACUGCUGCCAGUAUGAAUCCCAAGGUGCUUCGGGUGAGGUCCGCACAUUACAGGACACGAAAAGCGAGACAGAAGACGAAGAAAACUAAGAAAAAUUGAAAAUUUGAUGGAAAGAAAUCACUGUGAAUUUUGAUUGGAUGAAAUUUGGUUAUGCUACCAAAGUCAUUUAUGUUAUAACCACGGACCAAGUAUUCAAGUUUUUAUAUGUUCAGAGUUAUUACUUUAUACUAUUUAAGAACCAUUCCAGUGGCUGGUAUUUAUUUAUCAAAGUAUAAUAUCUUUACUCCAUCGUUGAUCCUGACUUGGUGGGUAGAGUUAAUCCACUGACUUGGUACAUACAUUUUUUUCUGGAAGAACAAGGUGAUACAUGUAUCUAGUAAGAAAAUGAAUGUUGAUGAAGAACAGAGCUAGUUAUAAAGAUGUUCAUGCGUGGGUAUGUAGUCGUUCGUGAAGUAGGCAUUUGGCGAUCACUACAUAACACUGAGCCAAUGGGUAUUAAGCUCCCGUGCGUACGUCCGUGUGCUGCCCUCUAUAUACCCAUGCAUGAGCAACUUUAAAGACCAUCCCUCUUUCUUUUCAUCUUCUUUAGUUCCAGCAGUCAAAUCUUGAAGAAGAAAAAAUAUAGGCAACUAAUACCGACUUGUGUGUACCUUUGUGAUAAGUGUUGUUGUGAGUUUUACUUAUGGUUUGGUGAAGUGUGGCCAAACCCAACCCAAGGCCAAAGUUUUCUUAAACUAAAUGCUGCAUCAACUGAAUUUUAUAUUCAAGCGGGUGAUGUCAACCCCCAGGGACCUCAUUUAGAAAAAUGCAUGUAAUUAAAUGCAUGACAAUCACAGGAAUUACUUUUUAUUGAAUUUCUUGAUGGAUGACAGAUAUUCUACAACAAAGAUCUGUGCUUUUCUAACAAAUACCUACAGUGUAUGUACCAAUUUUAGGAGAUUGAUCAGCUGUUGUGUGACUUGUGUCGUUUGUUUUUUGUAGAGAAAUUCUCUUUAGUGUUCUCAAUAUUUAAGUGAUGUUGGUGAAUAUUGCAAAUGUAUGUCCAAAGUUUUAAAGAAUAUAUAGAUAACGUGGGCGAGUAUGAGAUCACAGUGCUCUGAAAUCCAAAAUAAGUUUAGCAAUGCUGAGAAUAAUCUAAUCUGUAUUUUCUAGUCCAGUGUGCAGCUUGACCUACUCACAUCGUCCGUCGUAAUGUAUAUUUGUUCUGAACACCAUUGUUGAAUGUUGCUCUCCGUUAAUUUUUGGCUGUAGAGGCUUCCAAUUCUUUUGAAAUACCCGUCUGCUGAAAUAUCACCAAAAAACUCUUAAUGUAUUUUGUUGUUUGGCUUGCAGAAAAGUGCUACCCUGCCGCACGCCGUAAAGCACAAUUCUCUUAACUACUAUGGUCUUGAUUGCUCUAAUGAUAUUACACCAUUUUUUAGAUUUCUCUUUUUAUCAACUAAUAAAAAAAAAAGUAGGAAUGGAUGAAAACUAAUUAUUUUGAGUACCUAGUUUCAUUCCCCAAAAGCACAGUUAAUGCUAAUGGCCUCUGCUUGAAGAAUAGAGUGCAUGUUGGCGUGUAGCAUGAACAGUGCGAUUUGCUCUCCUUCUUCUGCCAGCCACACAAUGCAUUCAUAACUGCUUGAUCGCUGAAUCUUCCACGGUCACAGUAAUCUUCUCAUUCUACAUUUUAAUUUUCAUAUUACCUCAUCAAAUGAGAACUGCUUUGCACCCAACCAUAACCCUAUUUCAUAAAAAAUAUAUUUAAUUUUUAUUUUUUAAUUUCAUUUUU